GAUCGAUAUAAUGGUACACCAAAGACACAGAGAUACGCAUAUGCAGAGAUUGGAAGACAAAGUGAAGUUUUUUUCGAACGGAAGAGAAAAGUGCCAAAUGUUUUUUGUCAGCAUCAACUAACUUCCUUUGCAUUUUUUGGAUUAUCUGUGUGAGGACCUUCGACCACGUUCUGCCGUCGUCAACUAGAACAGUCUGGCAAAGAUGACGGAACGAUCACUUCGCAUUGGUGAGCGCGUUGAGUUAGUCGGCAAAGAUGUUGCCGGAAAAGUGGCCUUCGUGGGGUUGACAGAAUUUUCCUCAGGAAAAUGGGUCGGAGUCAUUCUCGACGAACCUAAAGGAAAAAAUAAUGGGACCGUGCAGGGGAAAUCCUACUUUAGCUGCUCUGAUAAUUGCGGAAUCUUCCUCCGCCAGUCCCAGCUAAAACUUCUAGAGGAUAUGUCCGCUUCCCGCACCUCAAUUGGCUCCUCAGGCUCGUCCAGUGGUCCACGGGCGUCAAUGGCACCCCCCGGCAGAAGCAAAUUGAAGCCCCCAGCAACGUCGUCUGCCACACGUAAGACGUCGUUAGGAGCUGCGGGUCGUCUUUCAACCGGAACCGUUAAUGCACCUAGCCGUACGGCCAGCACCUUGUCUGUCGCCGCUUCAGAAAAAUCUCUCGACGAGUUAUCUGCAUCAAUAACGUCUGUAACCUCAACUACGGCGGUUCAAAUGGAAGGAGAAUUGACUUCGGCACGAGUUGCAGUAAUGAAGAAGGACAAAGAAAUUGAUGAUCUAAAAGCAGAGGUGAAGGAUUUGCAGGAGAAACUAGAGACGAUUAUGGCCAAACGCGGGGAAGACCGGGAAAAGAUACGUGAAUUUGAAAAAACCAAGAUUCAGCUGGAGCAACUUCUUGAAUACAAAGCCAAAAUUACGGAAAGUCAGGCUGAUCUACAGAAACAACUAGCUCAGGCCCGUAAAGAGGCACAAGAUGCCAUCGAAGAGAAGAAUCGACAUGCGGAAGAAAUGAGUGACGUCAGUGAAGCUAUUGAAAUGGCCACACUUGACAAGGAAAUGGCGGAAGAAAAGACUGAACAACUACAAUUGGAGUUAGACGAUUUGAAAACGCGUGCAGAGAUGGCGGAGUCUGAACUCCAGUUGUUAAAAACGGAGCUUGAAGAAAAGGGCCCGCAGUCGGUUGGAGCUGAUUUCAUGAAUAAGCAGCAGGAGCAGCAAAUUUUGAAACUGAAGGAUGCUGUUGUCAAACUUCGGGAUAUCAACGCCACUGACAGAAUGAAGAUGUCUGAAAUGACAAAGGAGCUAGAACAGGUGAAGCAUGACCUUUCUGAUGUGAGAAGAAUAAAUGCUAAACUUAACCAGGAAGUGGACAAAUAUGAAGUGCAGAUUGGCGAACUUCAUGAACAGAUUGACGCGGCUCUUGGCGCUGAGGAAAUGGUAGAGAAGUUGACUGAGAAGAAUCUGUCUCUCGAAGAAAAAGUCCGUGAGCUUCAGGAAAUGGUUGACGAUUUGGAGAAGAUGCAGGAGUUAAAUGAUGAACUCCAGGAAACAGCUCGAGAAUCAGAACAAGAUCUUAGAGAAGAAAUAGAGAUAGCCAACUCUAAGUUGCUCGAUGCCCAUAAGAAAAUAGAGGCUAUGAAUUAUGCUAUUGCCGACUAUGAACAGACUAUACAGAAAUUUCGUGACCAUACCGAACGGCUCAAGGAUAAAAUUGAGGAGCUGCAGAAGAGGCUAGUGGAAGAAACGCAAGAUCGCUCAUUGCAGACAGCAACUGAAUCCAUCGACUACAAGGUGCGGUUCGCAGAAACAAAAGCUCAUGCUCGCGCCAUCGAGAUGGAACUACGGCGGCUGGAAGUGGUGCAGGCUAAUCAGCACGUGAGAUACGUGUGUGCCUUUUUACCGGAUGCAUUUCAGGCGCGUGGCGGAGACCAUGAAGCUGUCAAAAUGCUCCUUCUCGUACCCAGGAUUAUUGCCAAGUGCGAUAUCUUGGCGGCGCAGUUACGUGAGAAAUUUCCCGCGCCAGAGUACAUUACGCGUGCUCUUGUCCUGAGAACGCACACACUCGAGCAAUAUACUUACGGCUGUAUGAUGCUAUAUCUUCUCUACACGCUGCAUGCCCUACUACAACAGUACACCACGGCGUUCGAUUCCUGUAGCGUGGAUUUGUAUCAGAAAUGUGCGACGCUGUUCUCGGAGAUGCUAGCUCAAGAGAGGCUUAUCGAUUUUUAUAUUGAUUUGCUCAGAAAAGAUCAGCUUGAUGAAAACGUGCCGCUGGAUAAAUUGGAGAAAGCUGUCACAUAUUUUGAAAGCCUCUACAGCGUGCACCUUUCCUCGGAGCGUGUGUCCGGCUCGCAGUUUAUGGGAGAUCGUUUGAAAGUAAUGGGUGUAUCAUGUUAUGCAAUCCUAGCUUGCCUCAAGGCUAUAAAAAGUCUAACGAAGGACAAUAAAGACGAAUUACUUGCUCUUCUGGACGAUGCGGUGAUUGUUACUGAAGAGAUUCAGCAAGUGCUUAAAAAGAUUAAACGACGCGUCCCGGAACAGAAUUCACCCAUUGUACUGGAGCUAAGCACAGACACCCAGGAAGAGGUAUUGGAAUGCUGCCACAAGCUAGGCCGGGUUUUAAGGGUAUUCUUGAGUUUGCAGAAGGCAGCUAUACAAAGCACAAUUUCGCAGGGCGAACACAACGAGGAGAUCGCACUAGAAAAACUCAAAGAGUUGACGCAUGAAGCCACGGAUCGUGUGUACGGCAAGGAUGAUAACGGGCCCGAGUGUUUACGCUUGUCGCUAAAGGGAGUCCUGGAUGCAUUGACUGCUUUGAACGACAAAGUGCAAGAGGGCUCAAUGGAAAAAGAGGGCUCAAGUAUAAUUAAGAUGACACCACCCGCGCAGAUCUGCGCUCAGACAGCAAAGGAGAAGGCCAAGGACAUGGAUCAGAUGCGGGUGCGUAUAGAACAACAGCAAAGCGAUAUCCAAGAGUUGCGGAAAGCGGUGAAAGCAAAGACAGAAGAGGUGCGUGAAAUGUCGUUGCGACGUGAUAUGGCUGAAAAACGUAUAGACAUGGCAUGCAAGGACGUGGAAGAACAACGCGACCGACUUCAGCGUCAGCUCGACGAACUUCAGAUUCAAAUGAAGAAGAACGAAAAGGAACAUAACGAGACAACCGAAGUGCUCGAAUCAGACAUUAGUCAACUAGAGAAGGAGCGCCGCGAACUUAAAGAACAAAUUAAGUUAUUGCAACGAAAAGGAGAUGCUCUAGGUAUCCGCACGGAUGUUCGCAUGAGUCCGGCACAUUCGCACGCGCCGACUACGGCUCCGCCCUCCGGUAGUGCUCCACUUAUCCAAGGUUUUGGACAGGUUUCUGAUGAAGCAAUUGAUUGUCUGCGUAGUCAGGUUGCCGCCUUGAGCCGUGCACUCCAGACUAUUCGCAAUUCAAACUUCCACCGGACGGCAGAUGAAGUAAGUAAAGCAGCAAAUCGUCUUCGUGCCCUAAAUAUCCCCAAAAACCCCGGCUGGCUACUGAAAGCAACCAACAACAAAGAGGAUAGCCUUCCACAAGAGCAUCUCGAUAUUCGCCAAAAAAUCUACGAACUCACCAAGAGAAUUAACCAAGUGAGAUCCGAGUACCUUUCUACGCUCGCAGAGCAAGGCACGAUUACCCCGUUGGGAUCAAAGAAUGCCGGUACAGCUCUGGCUCAGCACGCUGCCCGUGAGGUCACAUUGGCGCGUCUUAAGGAACAAAGCUUUAGGCUUGAAACCGAAAUUCGAGAAUUGGUAGCACGCGUCCGACCUGGUCAGCAUAUUCGGACAUCCCUGCGGGAGUUCCCUCACCCCUUGUUCACUAAGGCACAUUUGGAAAAGGACGCUAGUCUCAUUGGCCGUGUUAAGGUUCCGUUCGAGCAAGAGAAGACGGAGUCCGUAUUUAUCGAUUACCCGUCCAUCCAAAAGAUUCAUCGACUAAUUCUCUCAUAACGCAAAUGACUCGGGUACACGCACGUUUCGUCUAUUCUUCUUAGGUUCCGACAGUCAGUUUUCUUCACCAUUAUCACCCACUGCCUGUAGUCAGCUGGUCAGUUUUUAGACUGGUUCUUUCAGAUGUAUUAAUAGAGAAUUAUUCGUAGUAGCGGACAGCAGUGUUGACACCCAACAAGAGUAGACGAUAUAGCUAAGCAAUUAACUUAUUAACACUUGCACCGGCUUACUUGUGUAUAAUUCUUGUUAUCCAUUAUGCAACAUACAGGCCGACCACCUACAUAGUGAUUUACGUUUGUGAUGUGCAUCAGACAUAAAAAACACAUCGACGUUGUUCGAUCUGACGAGCCACUUAGUAGAAAUAAUACAACUACUCGACUAACAGUAUGGUACUCUAGACCAUCGCCGUAUGUGUCAGCUAUGGCGCAUACAUAUCGUUUUUAUUACUAUUACUGGUUCGGAAACCCAGAACCGAAAUAUUUGGCGUUCUGCCAUAUAUAAGGGGAGUUACGAAAAUCUAUAUUAUUUAUAUCUGUUUAUGCUCGCAGCCGUGGGAGAUUAUUUCUAUAUAUAAAGUACUAUAUUUAAAGGGACGCGAUAAACAAAAAGACGAGAAUGGUUCUUGAUUGAGUAUUUUACCGUCAAUCAAUGACCGCUGCUGGCUGGACAGCCAGCGUUGGUGGUGACUCGCUAAGUGAGUAAUAAAUAGAAAGAAGAA